GGGGGGCAAUCGAUGGUAGGAAGACGUCUGGCAGUUUGUCAUUAACUGGGAAAUAAAUCGGUCGUUCUCAAUCUCGAGUGCAUCGCAUAUUUUAAGCUCUCUAUAUAACGGACAUGAGGUAUUCACAGGCACGUUCCGGGUGACUGAAGCUCGAGGCAUCGGUUAGAGUCGAGUCCAGUUAUCGAAUAGCGUUCGGAAAAUAUGCAGGAGGACUUUAAGAGGUUAGUACCGAGGAUCGUCUAUACCGCAGCACUGAGCGACAUCUGCGGUCAUGCAGGCUGCGCCGUUCAACAGGUUCAGGAUAUGUUCGAAGGAAGUUACGAGGAUUCCGAAAAGCUGGUGCACUUUUCGAAACAGAAAAGGCUCAGCAGGUCGCGGUCGAAGCGAAAUCCCCGAAAGUUAUCAGCGGCAUCCGCCGACCGGCAGUCCUCCUCUUCCUCGAGGAGCCCCACACCUCCUUGCCGCAAUGCCGCGAAUCGAGGCAAAAGAAUUCCGUCUAACGUUAAGAGCCACCACGGUGACGUCGAUACGGAGUCACCCUCAUCCGGUUACAAGGAGUACCUACAAUUGCUCACCGUUCCUCAUCAGAAUUCUGCGGUACUUGAGUGGGGAGAGGCUAGUGGCGACGACCUCAGUUCAGAAUGGGAGUCCGACUACUCAGAGAGCAAAUACCAGCUAGACUCGAUUGACUCGAAAUCUGACAUUUCCGAGGUAAAUUAUACAUUUCGCUCGGGACUUAUUCAUGGUGCGCCGAUUCGAUUUAUCUAUUAUGAGACACCGAAACACGCAUUUAUUUAAUGUCAAUGAAA